AUGAAUGAGCUGGACUUUCACUCUGUUGAAUUUAAUGAGGGAGAUGCUCUGCGUCUGUAUACGCGUGACACUGGUCGUUACUACCCCUCGGAAUUUCAUUCUGGUAGACUUCCAGAUGACCUCAAAGUUCUGCAUUUUUACAUCACCCGAUGCUUUCUGCCUAGAUCAUUUGGGCUCAAUACUAUCUAUCCAUCCGAUCUAUGGAUUCUGGCUAGUGCCAAGGAGAAUCGGGUCAUCAGUUACCCACAUCUAAUGUUUGAUCACAUGCUGAACUAUCAUGCUGAUAACUAUAAUGCCGAGCUUCCUUUUGCUCCACAAAUCACUCAGAUUCUACUGGCCUUAGGAUUAGAUCUCCGCUUUAAGGUGGCUCGUGUUGAUAUGCUGAGCUCCCUUUGUGCUCAGUUUAUCCUACGUAAGGUGGAUGCAUCAGUGGGUCGUCGCAGCCCGCUGGUCAAUGCUCCAGGGGGAGAAGCAGCUGAUGGAGUUCCCUCUGAUCAGGAUGGACUUCAUCUGUCUGAGCUAGGUGGGGAUGAAGCUGAGGAAGAACCAGAAAUGGCAGAUAUGGUUACCAUAGCCAGAGAUAAUGGAAAGCGACCCAUGGUGGAUCCUUUGGAAGCGGUUCAAGCUAUGUUCAGGCAGGAGGAAGCAAGUAGCAGCAAUAGAAAUCUGAUGAUGGAGGAUGAAGAGGCUAUAUCAGAUUAUGUGCCAUCUCCUAGGUUCACUUUUUAA